AUGAAGGUUCAGGUGACAGGAUUUGAGUCCCUACCGGAUUCUUACGCAGAUUGCCCGGACUUCGGCCACGUUCUACGAGCACUCUUGGAUGGUCCAUCCCGAGAUCAUAAGGACUUCCUUGUGGUCAACGGAUGUCUGUUCUUUAGGAGCAGACUGUGUGUUCCACGCACAUCCCUCCGUGACUUCCUCACUUGAGAAUGUCACGCAGGAGGUCUAUCCGGCCAUUUCGGUCGCGAUAAGACCAUCGCAGCAGUCGAGUACCAAUUCUACUGGCUGACCCUCAAGCGCGAUGUAGGGAACAUCGUUGCUCAGUGUCGAGUGUGCGCACUCGCCAAGCAGGUAAAGAAGAAUGUUGGACUCUACAUGCCACUUCCAGUGCAGACCUGCCAAUGAGACGACGUCAGCAUGGACUUCAUUUUGGGACUCCUGUGCACUGCACGACGACACGACUCGAUCAUGGUGGUCGUCAAUAGGUUUUCAAAGAUGGCACACUUCGUGCCAUGUUUGAAAACCUCUGACACCUCCAAGGUCCCUAGCCUCUACUUUAGAGAGAUUCUACGCCUUCAUGGACUACCCAAGUCUAUUGUCUCAGACCAUGACGUACGGUUUACCAAACACUUCUGGAGGACUCUUUGGAGCUUACUUGGGACUAAGCUCAAGUUCUCCACUGCUUACCAUCCAUAGACUGACGGCCAGAUCAAGGUCAUCAAUCGUAGCUUAGGAAAUCUGCUUUAGUCAUUAGUCGGCAAGAGCUUGACCACUUGGGAUCUGAUCAUAUCACGCACCGAGUUUGCCUAUAACUCCUCGACCAACUAUACCACUAGCAUGAGCCCCUUCGAGAUCGCACAGGGCUUAGCGCCCUACAAGCCCCUAGAUCUAGUACCCCUAGACCCUCAUGUUAGAGUUUCCGAGGAUGGUGUCGCAUUCGCCCAACAUGUUAGUCAGUUGCAUCAAGACAUCCACGAUAGGAUACAGAGUCAGAAUGCAUUGUACAAGCAGGCUGCCGAUAUGCAUCGUCGACCCUGGAUCUUCCAAGUGGGAGACCAAGUUAUGGUGAGGAUGAGGCCCGAGCGUUACGCUCCUGGCUCUGCUACGAGGCUUCAUGCUCGUAGCGUCAGCCCGUUUCGUGUUCUUUCCCGAAUAGGCGAGAACGCCUAUGCCGUCGACAUCCCUCCUUCGUGGGGGAUUAGCUCCACAUUCAACAUGGCGGAUUUGGCGUCGCACCAAGCCCCACCUCUUUCAUCUAACAUCGAGCCCUCAUCUACCGGCCCCUUUUCUAAGAGAGAGUUUGCCAUAGAGUCCACUCCCCUCAUUUUACCUCUUGAUUGGCACGAGCGAGUCGAGGAGAUUCUUCAGGAGGUAA